UAAAUUGUGUAUAAUAGAAUUUUUAAUAAAUAUAUUAAUUUUUUAAUGUGUGUAAACACAUGUGUGUGCCUUAAGAAAUACUGCAGAAUACUGCAUUCUUUGAUAGUAUUGUAUCGUCAUUAAGUACCUACUAUCGCCCACUGGUAGUCUCGGUAGUAACUUAGAUGAAUCUGGUUAGAUAAAAAAGGGAACUUGUGAGCUUUUAUUGUACUUCUUGACCAAACUAUUGACGUCAUACUGGUGUUCCCCGUUGUGCUUGUAGUUUAAGAUUUUAUCUGUUCUUGUCGCUGAAGUCGCAAACAUUUCGAGUAGUAAUGGAACUUUCAAUUACAUUUCCUUUCUUUCGUUUGUCAUUUUUUCCAAAUGUGUUUUUGUUUUAUUUCGAAUGCAAAGUAACUAUUAUUCAAAGAUACUUGUUAUGCAUUUUAUUAUGAUUUAUAUAAAAAUAAUUGUGCAUUGAAAAUACAUUUUCGUUCGAUUGAUUGCAUUUUAUUAUUUUUUGAUAAUUUCUAACCAAUCAGUUUUCGUUAUUGUAAAUAAAUUGACCAAUUAAAUGCUUUCACUGAAUAAUAUACAUGUAUUAUUUAGAUUUAUUCAAAAUUCAAAUGAUAUUACAUGUACUAAAUAUACAUUGAUUAUUCUUAUCAGUAUGAUAACUGAAUCAAUAUUUUAUUUUUUUUUCUCUGGAUAAUUUAAAUCUCGGAAAGACUCUUAAUAAGAUACUCGUAUUAACUGCGAUAAAACAGCUGAUCAUUAUGUCUCAAUUAAUAGCUUCCUUUGUACGUGUGUUUUUGGAUAGUGUAAAUAAACAAAGAUAAUCACAUACGAUUGUAGAAAUAUAAUCUCAUUUAUUUAAUUAACUGUAAAUGAAAGAAUUGAUAACAAUAUAACUUUUAAUACUUCAUGAUUCUUAUCAUAGUACGACAUUUAAAUAAACAUAUUACUUCAUAUUAUUAUUUCUAUACAACAACAGCAAAAAUCUAUUUUAUUUCCAAUUAUUACAAAUAAAUUGUUUUGAUAAAUAACAGAUAAUAUAUUUUUAAAAUAAAUAUAUUGACUUUUACUUGAACUCGCAUAAAGUAUUUUCCUGAAUGACUGUGUGUAAUAUCCAAAAAUGGAAGUUUAAAGUUAUCAACUGUUUGAAAUAUUUUAGAUGGUAAAACAUAUUUGUUUCUAUAUUUCAUUAUGACGCUACAAUCGAAGCUUUUUUUUAAUGCAAGGCGAAGGUCUAAAGUAAUAUUAUCUAGAUUAUUUUUAGCCGAUUAUGUAAAUGCUCAUAAGCAUACUUCACAACAAAAAGAAAAAACUUAUACAAAUGAAGAAAAUAUCAAAAAUUAUUUUAACAUUAAAUAUGUUGCCGGUCUUGCAAUCACUGCUUCACUCUUAGGUAUAUAUUUUUAUAAUAUAUCGCAAAAAAAGGAAGCACAGUCGUCCGAAGAAACAAAGAAUAUUGAAUGCGGAAAAUUAAAGAAAGAUCUACAAACUUACACGCUGAUAGAAGUAGGAAAACAUUAUAAUAAAGAAAAUCGUAUUUGGGUAACUUAUAAGGAAGGGGUAUAUGAUAUUACGGAUUUCAUUGAACGACAUCCUGGUGGUUCUUCUAAAAUCAUGAUGGCAGCUGGAAGUUCAAUAGAACCAUUUUGGUCAAUCUUUGCUAAUCAUAACACACCUGAGAUAUACGCUCUCUUAGAAUCAAUGAGAAUUGGUAAUAUAUCUAAAACAGAUGCCAAAUCAAAUAUUAGCGAUUUAAGUGAUCCUUAUGCGAAUGAGCCAACUCGUCAUAAAGCUUUAAAGAUCAAUGGUCAUAAGCCCUUUUGUGCAGAAACACCGUCUUCUUUAUUAAUCGAAAGCUUUCAAACACCAACAGAUCUUUUUUAUGUUAGAAAUCAUCUUCCCGUUCCUGAGAUAGAUUUAAAGACUUAUACGGUAGAGAUAGCUGUAGAAAAUGAUACUAAAAAAAUAUUAGAUUUCGAUGCGAUUAAAAAUUAUCCUAAAUAUACGAUAACCAGUGCUAUAAUGUGUGGUGGAAAUAGGCGUUCAGAAAUGGCAGAGGUAAAACCGUUGAAAGGUCUAAGUUGGGGUGUAGGUGCAGUCGGUAAUUCCACUUGGUCAGGAGCACGUUUGUGUGACGUGCUGAAAGAUUUAGGAAUAAAUGAAGAAGAUUAUGAUCACGUGCAGUUUGAAGCUCACGAUGUAGAUCCUAGUGGUACACCAUAUGGUGCAAGUAUUCCUAUUAGUAAAGCCAUGGAUCCUAGAGCUGAUGUACUAUUAGCGUAUGAAAUGAAUGGAGAACCUAUACCAAGAGAUCAUGGUUUUCCAGUUAGAGUUAUUGUUCCCGGAGUUGUAGGUGCAAGAAAUGUUAAAUGGCUUGAAAGAAUAAUUAUUUCUAAAAUAGAAAGUCAAUCGCAAUGGCAGCAAGGCGAUUAUAAAGCUUUUUCUCCUAGCACGGAUUGGGAUAAUGUUGAUUUUUCAAAAGCGCCAGCUAUACAAGAGAUGCCUGUCAUUUCUGCUAUUUGUAAGCCAGAACAAUCAGAAAAAGUCACAAUAAAAGAUGGCAAAAUAGAUGUUAAAGGAUAUGCGUGGUCAGGUGGAGGUAAAAAGAUAAUCAGAGUCGAUGUGACAUGUGACCAGGGAAAUACUUGGCACACUGCUGAUCUUGUAGGACAGGAUCUUAAUGCUAAACCAGGUCGAAAUUGGAGUUGGACUUUAUGGAGUAUUAGUCUUCCUGUUGAUGUAAAAUUAAAGGAAGUUGAAAUUUGGGCUAAGGCUGUUGAUGCGUCUUAUAACGUUCAACCGGAAACUGUAAAAAAUAUUUGGAAUUUACGGGGUUUUUUGUGCAAUGCAUACCACAGAGUAAAAGUUCAAUUGAACUAAUGUACAACAGUGUGGUAUAAUUAUGAGAUAAGUUUUUAGAUUUUUUAAAGUAAUCGAUAUUUGUUUUAUAUUAUACAUGUAUUAUUUUAUAUGUACAAAAGAAAACAACAUUUUUAUCAAGAUACUACAGGCUACUUUCUUGUAAUAAAAUAUUUCCGGAUUCUUUAACAUCGCUUUUCAUAAAGUAAUCAGUUAUACUCUCUAAAGUAACUUCAUGAUAUUUAUCGUUAUAAACGUCAUAUAGUUCAAACACUGACUUUGUUAUUAGAGUUUUACCAAGGAUUAUAGCAUAAGGAUAUCCAGUGGUUCGUACAUAUAAUAAACGUUUACCUAUCGUUAAA